AUGGCAAAUGUGUCAAUUAAAAGUGAAAAUAACAAGGCAAGUGAGGAAGAAAGUGAACUAAGAAGAGGGCCAUGGACUAUUGAAGAAGAUGCAUUGUUGAUUCAUUAUAUUGGUGGUCAUGGAGAAGGCCAAUGGAACAUAUUGGCCAAACAAGCUGGUCUCAAGAGAACCGGAAAAAGUUGUAGAUUGAGAUGGUUGAAUUACUUAAAACCUGACGUUAAGCGCGGGAAUCUUACCCUUCAAGAACAACUCCUCAUCCUCGAACUCCAUUCCAAGUGGGGUAAUAGGUGGUCAAAAAUUGCACAACAUUUACCGGGAAGAACGGAUAACGAAAUCAAGAACUACUGGAGAACGAGAGUUCAAAAACAGUCACGGCAGCUUAAAGUUGAGGCAGACAGCAGGAGAUUUUCGGACUCGAGUGUGCUAGAAGCCAUGGACCAAUCCUCCAACUCCUCCCUCAAUUUUCCUCCUCCAUCUCUCCACAACACAACCUUACCGAACACGUCGGAAACUGCCAUUCUUCCGUUCGACAACCAUCGUGGCGGAGCUCCUCUUCCGCCGCUAAGUUCAGCCAACCAAUGGCCUGAAAUCUCAGAAUACCCACCAAGUUCUUGUUGUGAAUUUGUGGAAGCUUGGAGCUUUAACAUGGUGGAGCUCCAAAAGCAGAAACAAGAGCCAGCUUGUGCACUGGGAGCUUGGGAAGUUGCAGAUUGUCAUGUCCACAUGGCACCAUCCGAUUGGCUGUUGGAAGAUACCAUGGUUGAAAACUUAUGGAGUUUGGAGGAUCAUCACUUCAUAUAA